AGAAUCUAUAUGAUCCUUAUUUUUAUCGCCAGAGAUAAGAUAAUAAGUAAUGAAAAGAUUUGGAACGUAUGCAGAGGUGGAACCGACAUGGUUGGACUAGCAAUCUCGAUGACGAUAAUCGUUCUCUUGAAUAUAGAGUACGGGAAAGGAGAGUUGUGGUGUUACCAGUGCAACACCAACUUGAGGAACAGGCACACGAGGGAAUGCAACGAUCCUUAUCUAUCAUCCUAUUUCGAUUUAACUCUUUGCCCUCGAAACGAGUCGCACCAUUGUUUGAAAAGCAUCAUAGAUUAUGGAGACGUGCUGGUGACGGUACGAGGCUGCGUGCCGUCACGAAAAAUCGAUGGAUACUGCCAACAAACGGAACAUUUUCCAGGAUCCAGCAUUAAGUGCUCUUUUUGCGAUGAUUACGCUUGCAACAGCCAAAAUUCCAGUCGUGUUUCGAACAAUUUAAUAUCGAUAAUUUUAACUUUGAUUCCUUCAAUAAUUCCAAUCAUAUACUUAUUUUAACUCUUCCUUUUUUAUAAUAAAAUGACUGAUUUUACGCUUCAUAUUCUCACAAAGUAACUAAUUAGAAAUGGAAUAAAAUUGAAAUUAACUUUUAACACGAAUGAAUAUUCUGAUUCUCAUCGGAUAUUUAGAAAAAUAUUAAAAUUAAACGUAGAAACAUGGAAAUUUUAUUACUAAAAAUCGAACAUUCUUCAUAUUAGAAUUUAAUAUUUCGUCUAAUUUUGAUUUGACGAAGUUAAUAAAAUUUUCCAAACCUUUCUUUCUCGAAAUUUCCCUUAAAAUUAACAAAAUUCUCCCUCCUUUUUCUCUUUUUCCUCUUCUCAUUAUAUUCACUUAAUUCUCUUUAAUAAAAUUUUCAAAUCAACUUAUAUUUCCAAAUCCUCCCAUUCAGAAAUUAAUAGCAACAAUUCUCCUGCAAAGCUUCCUUUUCUUUUUCUCGAUUUUCGCAUCAUAAAUCAUCAUCAUCAUCGAACCCUAUUACGAAAUACGACGAUAAACAUGGAUUGAUCGGAAAAGGCUGUUGACUUUCAAGCGAGAAAUUAAAUUGCUUUAUGAAUGAACAGGGAGACAGUGUAACCUUUGUAUCGAUGAUGGUGACUUUACUUACGUCCCGACCAAUACCUACAAGGAUCGUGCGUGCUACGCGCGCACAUUUACGCACACGUUGGGCGCAUCUGGUCGAAGGGGGAGGGGUCAAAUGCUCGAGUCAAUUCGGUAAUGUCUAAUGCGGGGUUAAACGAUCCUCUGACCCCUGACGAAGCAGCCUUCCUUAACGAGUCGGCAAGCCUCACUUUGCAAUCCUCCUUCUUGUUCCAUAUUUGUAUCCAAUUGUAGCGACAAUCAUUCCAAUGAAAUUCGUUUAUUUAUUAUGAUGCAAAGAUUUAUUUCGUAUCGAUCGAGUCCUCGAUUUUUAAAUUUAAUUUCGAGAUUGAAAGAAAGAAGACUGAAGAUUUUUUUUUUCUUUUUCGAAUUUCGAAGAAUAUAGAGAUGAAAAUGAAAAAGUGAAAUAGUUAUUGAAAAAAUAUAUAUAUAUUUUUUUCAAGAGAAUUUCGAUUUUUCUUCGAAUUAAUUAGUUAACACAAAAUGAUAUUGCACGUAGUCAUCGAAAAUAUAUUUUUAUUUACGUUUCCUUUUUCAAACUUGGCCACUACACGGUUAAUAAAGUAUUGCAUACACUUCUAUCCUAUUCUACAGCUCUGAAAAUAAAGGAGAAUCGUGAGUUAUUAGGUUAUCAUAAAAUAGGAAGUGAGAAACAACUUCGUUCGAAAUCAAAACUAUUCAAAGACUAUGAAUCUCCUCUUCUCUUUCAAGAUCAAAGUAAAUCCUCGAAUUCCAAACAAUCAUAUUUUUCCAGCACGAAACUCCGCAAGAUCCCAAAGAGAGGGGGGAGUCCCAUAAUUGUUCUAACGAGUCCAAUGAGGGUCUCUGAAGAGCAAUGCCGCUUUCUCCCUCUCUCUCGACUCAUAAUUACCGUUUCGCCUGUUCUCCCUUUCUCUCCUUUCGUUUCUCGCUGCUUCGCUCUCCACUUGGCGAAUUUAAUAAAAAAUGUUCACGGUUGAAAUUAUACCGAUAAUAAAAUAAUAAAUAAAGUAGUCGGUUCGAAUAAUUUUUUUUUUUUCAAAUAAAUUAAUUAUUAAUUGAUCAUAGGAAAAACAUAGCGUAGUAAUAAACUUUUUUCUUUAAUAAGCUUUUAUUCGUGCAAAGUAAAAUUUGUAAAGUUUAAAAAUCGAGAUUUUCCUUAUUCUUCAAUUUUAUCAUCAUGGAUAUUAUACAUUAUGAAUAUUUUGCAUUCUGUAAAUUUCUUUUUUCACAAUGAAUUUUGCAUAAAAUAAUCUAGUUAUCUCUACUUGUACACAUUUUUCUUGAUGUUUUUUUAUUUUUUUUCUUUUUUGAUUAUGUUCUUGAUAAAGCUCCAACUCACCUUUAAAAUCUUCCAAAUUUUGAAAAGUUGAGAAACUCUUCUUUCGGCUAAUUAAUCUGUCAAGUGAAUUACCAAUGAAAUGAUCGAUUGAAAUUAAUAAUUUUCAUCUAAUAAACAUCUGAAAAAUAAAAAAAAAAACUUUGAAACUAUAUAAAUUAUCCCUAAAUAUUUCUGCAACGUCGGCAAUUAAUCUUUGCUUGCCGCGCGUUUAAAACGGCGCUUCAACUAAAAUUAAUUAUAAAUUACGUAAAAAUAAA